UUUCUGCUGCUACUACGUUGCGAUCGUUCGGGCCCUUUGCAUCAACGUUUCAAUUUUUGUGAGUAUACAUUUAGUGAGCCUCUUCCGAGUAAGUGACAUUCAGUGUACCCCAGUGCGCAAGUAAAAACAUCAUAGGCACUGCUGGCAGAAACUAGCACUCUUGAUAGCGUCAGGGUUUUCAGGUCAGAGAUGGCGACUAAUUCAGAAAAGGUGCCGCUUGAAGAGCAACAGCAACAGCCUUCCACCAAUCCGAUGUAUCCAUCGAUUGGCCAGGAUGCGUCGAAUCCGCUGUUACAACCAGCAGCGCCAGUUUAUCCUCCAGUUCAAACGCCUGCGGGACCUCCACCGCCACCAGGGUACAUGCCAGUGCCGCUAGUGAAUGGAAUGGGUCAACCGGUCAUGACUCAACCAGGCAUUCCGAUGCAACCCGUGCUCGGUCAGCAGCAAGUUGCUUCCUGGAUGCCUAUACCGCAGGGCAUUCCCAACUGUCCGCCUGGCUUGGAAUACCUGACGGCAGUUGAUCAGCUGCUGGUGCACCAGCAGGUGGAGCUUCUAGAGGCGUUCACCGGUUUCGAAAUGGCAAACAAGUACACCGUGAAGAACACAUUUGGUCAGAACGUGUACUGGGCGGUUGAGGAUACGUCGUUCUGCACGCGACUAUGCUGCGGCUCUGAUCGCCCAUUCGACAUCAAGAUAAUGGAUAAUUACCAGAACGAGGUGCUCCACCUGCACCGUGAUCUGCGCUGCACGUCAUGUUGCUUUCCGUGCUGUCUUCAGAAGCUGGAGGUUUCAGCCCCACCUGGCAACGUCAUCGGAACCGUCGUGCAAAAGUGGAGUCUCUGCCGUCCGGUGUUCGAUAUCAGGGAUCGUAACAACGACACGGUACUGACAAUCCGGGGCCCUAUCUGUCAGUGUUCACCUUGCGGUGAUGUGAAGUUUGCUGUGUUCGCUAAGGACGGCACCGAAGUUGGCAAAGUGACGAAACAGUGGGGCGGCUUCGUGCAAGAGCACUUCACCGAUGCGGACAAUUUUGGAAUCAACUUCCCAAUGGAUUUGGACGUCAGAGUAAAGGCCACCAUGCUGGGGGCGCUGUUUUUGAUUGAUUACAUGUAUUUUGAGCGAAAUGACAAGAAGAAACUAAGACGCUAGUCGUACAGUAUCUGUUAACGUCUGUAUUGUCCUGUAGCAAGACAAAAAGAAGAAACUAAGGUGAACCUUUAUAUCACGCGAGAAUUUAAACAAAUGACAAUUUAAAAAUCACGAAAGAAUUUAAACAGAUGCAUAUUUUAUUUGUCCCAAUGUGGCCUUCGUGAAUCACAGGGAACUAAGCCGCGGAAUACCUCAAACUGGUAUUAAUUGCAUUUACAACUCAAGAAAUAACGUGCUUUCUAUACAUCGUAAGAAAAGUGACUGAAAAUUACAAUCCCUAGGCAAAAAGUUCUCAGGAAUACAAAAUACUUAACACGUCAGAGAGCUACUUACCACUACUCUCACUGUCAUAGGGCUAUCCAGUCAAAAUUAGUCCGUUAGUUUCGUUUGUGAAAAGAAUUGCGCAUAAAAUGCCAUCAAAAUUACAGCUAGUUUACGUUUGUGCUAUGUCACAUUUAAUCGAUGUUCGAUCAGUCGCUUAGGAUUUCAAAAAUCAAUGAUAGAGUUUAUGAUGAUGGCAGAUUCUACUUUAAUUUUGUCUACGAUAAGAAUCCCGAAUACUCACACCUGUUACUAUCGGGUUUUAUCACGUUUUAUUGGUUAAGCUCAUAUCAUUGUUUCAAAAUGAAUCUCGCUGAAAAUUUCAUGUACUUUUUUAUGAGUAUACUUUAAAGGGAUAUCUUCAAAUAGUCCGAACUACACCAACAAAGCUAUAACGAGAAAAGAAUAACUCAUUAUAAUUCGCUUAACUGUGCCAAUAAGGAAAUUACUGCCAAUAAAAUGAAUUUCGGUAUUUAAUAAAGCCUAAAAG